AUGGCUGAUAUCUUCGCAGCUCUCAAUCAUCUCAAUCAAAAGAUGCAGGGCGGUGGAGUCAACAUCAUCGAAGCGGAGGAAAACCUGAAGGCUUUUCAAAAAAAUCUACCGUUAUGGAAACGACGAACAGAGAUCGAUAACUUCGCAAACUUUCCCCUGCUGGACGACUGUGUAAGUAAGAUCGAAGAUGUAUCUGGAAUCGGAGACAUUUCUGUACCCGCGGAACUGAAGCAAGCAAUUGCCACGCACUUAGAUGAGCUUGCAAAGUCUCUCGACGGAUACUUCCCUACAAGAGAUCUCAAAUCCAAAGGCCCUGAGGUUGUGGUGGUGUUUAUGUUAGUGUCUGAAAGUCCUACAGAGCUAAGGAUUGUGCUGCUUGGAAAGAAUGGCUCUGAGAAGAGUGCUGUUGGGAACUUGAUCCUGGAAAGAGAGGCAUUUGACCUUAACUGUGUACAAAACCACUGUGAGAGAGCCAGGGGUCAGGUGGAGGGAAGACACAUAGCUGUGAUCAACACUCCAGACCUGUUAGACCCUCACAUCUCACAUGACAAACUCUCAGAGGAACUGCGUUGGUGUGUCACUCUGUCUAAACCGGGACCUCAUGUGUUCCUGUUGGUGCUGCAGCCUGAGGAGUUCACACAGGAAGAGGGAGACAGAAUCAGGACAAUCCUAGACACCCUCAGUGACCGGUCCUUUGACUACUCAAUGGUACUGACAACUCAUGAAGACAAGAGGGGACACAUGGAUGAGGAUCACCCUCUGAAUCAGAUGGUCAGAGCCUGUAGAGGGAGGCAGCACCUCAGUGACCACACUCAACUUAUGGCAGAUGUUGACAAGAUUGUAAAGGAAAAUGGAGGAGACCAUCUCACCUGUGAUGUAUUUGAAAAUACAAGUGGCAUGGUACAAGGGAAAGAGGAAAUCCACAGGAGUAAAACUGAUGGAAGCCUCAAAUCUUCCUCUGAGGAAAAACUUGGAAAAGAACAAGUGUCUUCACUCAGGAUUGUGCUUCUGGGGAAGAGUGAUGACAAGAAAACUACAGUGGGUAACAUGAUCCUACAGAGAAAGGCUUUUUUCAACUAUAAACAGCAAUGGGAGUCAGCCAGUGGGAAGGUGAAUGGCAAGUCUGUUACUGUUGUAAAGACUCCAGACUUCUUUGCUCCACGUCUGACUGCGGAGUCCCUGAUGGAAGAGAUGGAGAAUUGUAAGUCCCUCUCUGCUCCUGGGCCUCAUGGGGUCCUACUGGUGUUGAAGCCUGAGGGGUUCACAGAGGAGAACAGAAACACUUUCAAGUUGAUCCUGAGCAUAUUUGGUAAAGAGUCCUUCAAGCACUCAAUGGUGAUCAUUACUCACUCUAAGGGAGCCACAGUAAAUCCUCAUCUGAGACAAAUGAUUGAAGAAUGUAGAGGAAGGCAUCACAAAAUGUACACACAAGGAAAAGAGUUAACUAUAAAGAUAGAAGAGAUGGUAGAGGAGAAUGAAUGGAGAUACCUCACCUACAAUGAAGAGACGACACAUGACACCAUGACACCAAAGGCUCAGAGACUGAACGUGGUGCUGUGUGGCAGAAUAGGAGCUGGGAAGACUUCUAUAGCCAAUGUGAUACUGGGUCAGACAGAGUCCAGUCCAAAGUCCAGCUCCUCCUCAGUGUGUGUGAAGAGAGAAGGAGAGGUGUGUGGUCGGUCUGUCACCCUCAUCGAGCUGCCUGCUCUGUAUGGAACACAUCUCACUCAGGAGGAAGUGAUGCACAGAGGAGAGUUGGAGACCAUCCAGAAGAUUCUCAGCUCACGAGUCAAUGACUUUAUCAUGGUCCUGUUUAGACAGGAUAACAUUGCAGUUGACUUUGUGGAAAAAAAUGCAGACACAAAGCAACUGAUCAAGAUAUGCGGAGGGCGGUAUAAAAUCUUUGAUGCUUUGAAAAUUGAUAAGGCCAAGCAGACGACAGAACUUGUAGCAGAAAUAGUCAAAAUGAUGGAUCAGAACAGAACCUGCUACACUCUGUACAUGUACAUGGAGGCUAAACACCAAUCAGAACUGGACAAAAACAGAAGAAUCAAGGAUUUAGAGGAGAGAAUCAGGAACAUGUCACAAGGUGCUGAAAUUGAGUGUUCCAGCACAGAGUACAUAAGGGUGGUGCUGAUUGGGAAAACUGGAAAUGGGAAGAGCGCCUCUGCAAACACUAUCCUGGGCAGAAAAGAAUUUGCGUCUAAAUCCAGCACUGAUUCUGUGACAACAGUUUGCAAGAAGGCAGUCGGCAAAGUUGAUGGAAUAACAGUUUCUGUGGUGGACACACCUGGACUUUUUGACACAACAUUGUCUAAUAAAGAUGUUCAGCAAGAGAUAGUGAAAUGUGUUUCCCUGUCAGCUCCUGGACCCCAUGUGUUUAUCAUAGUGUUGAGUAUUGGGAGAAUCACACAAGAGGAGCUGGACACUUUGGACCUCAUAGAGAAAACCUUUGGUCCACGGGCAGGAAUGUUUUGCUUAGUUCUGUUUACUAGAGGAGAUGACUUGGAAAAUGAAUCAAUUCAAGAUUACAUUGGGAACAGCAAGAAUGCCAAACUGAAAAAACUGAUCAGAGAUUGUGGAGACAGAUUCCAUGUCUUCAACAACAGAGACAAGAAUCGCACACAGGUCACUGAGCUUCUUAAGAAGAUUAACAAAAUGGUGUCCAUGAACAAGGGCAGUUUCUACACCAAUGAGAUGUUCCAGGAGGCAGAGGCAGCCAUUAAACAAAAACAGGAAGCAAUACUGAAGGAGAGAGAGAUGGAGAUAAAGGCUGACAUGGAGAAACUGAAGGUUAGCCAUGAAACAGACAUGGAAAAGAUGAAGUCAAAGUUGGACGAGGAGAGAUUGAAAGUUCAGGAGGAAAGACAGCUGAGAGAAAAACUGUUGAGAGAGAGAGAGGAAGCUAUUAGAAAAGAACAUGAGGACAAGGAGAAAGCAGAGAAGGAAGAAAGAGAAUUGGAGGACAAAAAAAGGAAAGAAGAUGAAAAGUUGAAAAAAGAAAUAUGGGACUCAGAAAAAGAGAAGAUGGAAAUAAAGUUGAAAAACCUCCAAAGAGAAAAGGAAGAAGAAUAUAAAAUGAGGAUGGAUAAACUGAGAAUAGAAGAGAAAGACAGAGAAGAACAGCUUCAAAAUCAAGAAAGGAAGUUUGCUAAACUAAAAAGGGAACAGGAGGAAGAAAUUAGAAGGAGAGAGAAAGAAGAGGAUGAGACGAGAAAGAAGGAAGAGAAAGUAAGACAAGAGUGGCAAAGCAAAAUAGAGGAAGCAGAGAAAGGUCAAACAGAACUCCAAGAGGUCAUGUGUAGAGAAAAAGAGGAAUGGGAGGAACAGUUGAAGAAAGAAAGAGACAGACAACAGGAAGAAGAAAGGCUGAGACAGAAGGAGGGGGUGCGGGAGAACCUUCAGCACCCCUACUUCCUGCAGCUAUGGCUGCAGAUAACCAGCUAA